AUGGCAAAAGUAGCGGCGAUUGGUAUAGAUUUGGGAACCACUUACUCGUGUGUGGGAGUGUUCCAGCAUGGUAAGGUGGAGAUCAUCGCGAACGACCAAGGUAAUCGCACCACACCUUCCUAUGUGGCCUUCACUGACACCGAGCGACUCAUUGGAGACGCGGCUAAGAAUCAGGUGGCGAUGAAUCCGUCGAACACUGUCUUCGACGCCAAGCGUCUGAUUGGCCGCCGGUUUGACGACUCGUCGGUUCAGUCAGAUAUGAAGCACUGGCCCUUCGAUGUGGUCUCAGACGGCGGCAAACCUAAGAUCAGAGUCGACUACAAGGGAGAGUCGAAGCAGUUCUUCCCCGAAGAGAUCUCAUCCAUGGUUUUGGUGAAGAUGAAGGAGAUAGCGGAGGCAUAUUUGGGCCAAACGAUUACCAACGCUGUGGUGACGGUUCCCGCGUAUUUCAACGACAGCCAAAGACAGGCGACUAAAGACGCGGGAACUAUAAGUGGUCUGAAUGUGUUGCGGAUCAUCAAUGAGCCGACGGCUGCGGCCAUCGCUUACGGUCUCGACAAGAAAGGACAGGGAGAGAGGAAUGUGUUGAUCUUCGACUUAGGCGGCGGUACUUUCGAUGUGUCGAUCCUUACCAUCGAAGACGGCAUCUUUGAGGUGAAGUCGACGGCCGGAGACACGCAUUUGGGUGGAGAGGACUUCGACAACCGAAUGGUCAAUCAUUUCGUGCAGGAAUUCAAACGCAAGCAUAAGAAGGAUUUGACGGGUAAUAAGAGAGCGUUGCGUCGAUUGAGGACUUCCUGCGAACGCGCGAAGAGAACGCUCUCGUCGUCCACUCAGGCGUCCAUUGAAAUCGACUCUCUCUUCGAGGGAAUCGACUUUUACUCGACGAUAACGAGAGCGCGAUUCGAAGAGCUGAACGCCGAUCUGUUCCGCUCGACCUUAGAUCCGGUGGAGAAGAGUCUUCGGGACGCGAAGCUGGACAAAGCGCAGGUCCACGACAUAGUACUGGUGGGCGGAUCCACUCGUAUCCCGAAGGUCCAGAAGCUGUUGCAGGACUUCUUCAACGGCAAAGAGUUGAACAAAAGCAUAAAUCCUGACGAAGCGGUCGCUUACGGAGCGGCAGUUCAGGCGGCGAUUCUCAACGGCGACAAGAGUGAGGCCGUUCAGGACCUGUUGCUGUUGGACGUGACGCCCCUCUCGUUGGGCAUCGAGACGGCGGGCGGAGUGAUGACCGCUCUUAUCAAACGCAACACAACGAUCCCCACCCGACAGACACAGACAUUCACCACGUAUUCAGACAAUCAGCCCGGAGUCCUCAUUCAGGUCUAUGAGGGCGAGAGAGCGAUGACCAAAGACAACAACCUUUUGGGCAAAUUCGAGUUGACAGGCAUUCCUCCCGCGCCCAGAGGUGUGCCUCAGAUUGAGGUGACCUUCGAUAUCGACGCCAACGGCAUUCUCAACGUCUCGGCCGCCGACAAGAGUACCGGAAAGGAGAACAAGAUUACCAUUACUAACGAUAAGGGAAGGCUUUCUAAGGAAGAGAUCGAGCGAAUGGUGAAAGAGGCCGACGUUUACAAAGACGAAGACGACAAACAAAAGGACAGAAUUCAGGCCAAGAAUGGACUCGAAUCGUACGCUUUCAACAUCAAGUCCACCGUCGAGGACGAGAAAGUGAAGGACAAGAUUCCAGAGGACGACCGCAAGAAGAUUCUCGACAAAGUGAAUGAUGUGAUCAAAUGGUUGGACGCAAACCAAUUGGCAGAGAAGGAAGAGUUCGAACACAAGCAGAAGGAGAUGGAAGGCAUCUGCAAUCCAAUCAUCACUAAACUCUAUCAGAGCGCUGGCGGCGCUCCCGGAGGCGCAGGUUUUCCCGGAGGAUUCCCCGGAGCCGGUGGCGCACCCCCUGGCCCUCCCGGUGGCGGCGCUUCAGCCGGUGCUGGCGCUGGAGCCGGACCUACCAUUGAAGAGGUCGACUAA